AUGUGCCCGAGGACUUCUCUUAGGCACCUGUUCUUGGUGCUGCAACUGGCGAUGCUCCUGGCUGGCACUCAGGGAAAAACAGUGGUGCUGGGUAAGGCAGGAGACCAGGCAGAGCUGCCCUGCCAGGCUUCUCAGAAGAAGAACCUGGCCUUCAGCUGGAAAGAUUCUUCCCAGUCCAAGAUUUUGGGGAAUUAUGGCUCCUUCUUGCACAAAGGUAACAGUGAACUGGGCCAUCGAGUGGAAUCCAAAUUAAACCUGUGGGACCAAGGAUCCUUUCCUCUGAUCAUCAAGAAUCUCCAAGUAACUGACUCGGGGACUUAUACCUGCGAAGUGGACAACAAAAAGCUCCAGGUGGAACUGCAGGUGUUCAGACUGACUGCCAGCUCGGACUCCCGCGUGCUGCUGGGACAGAGCCUGACCUUGACUUUGGAGAGUCCCUCUGGGAGCAACCCUUCAGUGCAAUGCAAGGGUCCAGGGAAUAAUAGGAAGGAAGACCUCAAGAGCCUGUCACUGGCCCAGGUGGGGCUGCAGGACAGUGGUACCUGGACGUGCACUAUCUCCCAGAGCCAGCAGACACUGGAGAUCAAAAUACCCAUCGUGGUGCUGGCCUUCCAGAAGGCCCCCAAAACAGUCUAUGUGAAGGAGGGGGAGAAGGCGGAGCUCUCCUUCCCACUCACCUUCGAGGAUGAAAAUCUGAUCGGGGAGCUGAGUUGGCAGCAGGCGAACGGGGAUUCUUCCUCCCAUACCUGGGUCACCUUCACCUUGAUGAACAGAGAGGUGAAGGUGCUCACGAUUCACAAGGACCUCAAGCUCCUUGUGGAGGAGAGGUUACCGCUGCGUUUCACUCUGCCGCGGACUUUGCCUCAGUACGCGGGUUCUGGAAUCCUGACCCUGGAUCUCACCAAGGGGAAGUUGCGUCAGGAAGUGAACCUCGUGGUGAUGAGAGUGACUAAGUCCCCAGACAGUCUGACCUGUGAGGUGCUGGGGCCCAGCUCGCCAAGGCUGACCCUGAACUUGAAGAUGGGGAACCAGAGUAUGAAGGGCUCAAAUCAGUCGAAGUCGGUGACAGCGCUGGCGCCUGAGGCUGGGACGUGGCAGUGUCUGCUGAGUGACAAGGGCAAAGUCCUGCUGGAAUCCGAGAUCAAUGUCUUGCCUUCAGACCUCAUCCAGGCCUGGCCAAAUCUCCUGCCCGUGGUGUUGGGGGGAAUCACAGGUCUAUUGCUUCUCACUGUCUUCUGCAUUGUCUGUGUUAAAUGCUGGCACCGCAGGCGCCAGGCAGAACGGAUGUCUCAAAUCAAGAGGCUCCUUAGUGAGAAGAAGACCUGCCAGUGUCCCCACCGGCUCCAGAAGACCUAUAAUCUCACCUGA